CAAGCUUUCACAGCGUCCAACCAGCUCUCUUGUUGUGUGAACCAUGGCUUAUCAGCCUUCCUUCCAGAUCAACACUCCUGAAUCCCUCCCUGACAGGAACACCAUCGAAUCUCCCGAGUGGUUGCAGUUCGUGGCAGAGCCCUUCGAGGGCAGCACAAGUGCGUCCGCUUUGGCCAGCCAGCUCCCAACACCGCCCCAGACAGCGAAGCCUAUACAAGAGAUAACGCUUGCCCCGCCCCCACCCUCUGCACGUGCAUCGUCUUCGAUCCCUACGCCGCCUGACUCCAACGUGGGCUCCCCCAUCGACGAGCCAGAGGACGCCAAUGUCGUCUCAGUGUCGACCACCUUCUUCCCUGGAGCCAAUCUGUAUACCUCUGCGCCUGACUUCGUCUUCAUCUCGUCCGACACGGUCUUCUUCUAUAUUCACUCCGCAGUGCUUCUCCGUGAGUCGUCGAACCGCUUCAAUUCUCUUGUCCCCGCCUUGGAAGAAGAAGAUGCGCGGAGGAAAGGCAACGUUGGGCCAGUCGUUCCCGUUCCUCAAACCUCUGCCGUGCUCAACGUCGUCCUACACACGAUCUACGGCCUGUCCUGUCUGCACUACUCGCCCUCAAACGAAACGCUAGUCGCCGCCGUCGACGCACUCGCCAAAUACGGCGUCGAUAUCAAGAAGCACAUCUCGCCGAGCACCCCGCUCUUCCAGCACAUCCUCGGCAAGUCGCCCACCGCGCCCGCCGAGUUCUACGCGAUGGCCGGGCACCACAACCUGUGGGACCUCGGCGUCGCGGUGUCGCCGUACAUGCUCAGCUUCCCGCUCGCGGACCUCGAGGACGUGUACGUCGAGCGCAUGGGCUCGUCCUACCUCAAGCGGCUCUUCUUCCUGCACCUCGGCCGCGUCGACGCCCUCAAGCGGCUCUUGCUCCCCCCGCCGCAGGGCCACCCCGCGACGCUCGACUGCGACUUUGUCGAGCAGAAGAAGCUGACGCGGGCGUGGGCACUGGCGUCCGCGUACCUCGCGUGGGACGCACGAGCAGAUCUGUCGACCACUGCGAUCGAGGUCGCGUUGCGGCCGCUGGCUGAUCACCUGUCCUGCCAUAUCUGCAGGGCGUCGCUGCACGAGCGUAUCAAAGUGUUACUCGUUCAGUGGGCCCUUGUGAAGAGGACCAUAUGAACACAGCCUCCGUCCGACUCGUUCGCAUGUUCAAAUGAUCCCCGAUGACCGCCCCCCAUCGGCCAUUGGGAAAGAGUUUCUCGCAGAUCCAUCGUUUACACGUCCUCGUCUUCGUUCUCAGUUCCGGUCAUUGCCACCACGCGUCGGACUUGCGGUGCAAAAACACAUCACUUCGGAGCACCUCGUACUACUAUUGGGGUUCAUCAGGGUUUUUCUCUCUCUCUGUAAGCUGUCUACUUUUUCUGUAAUAACUCUCCUCGUCCACAAAGUUGUUGUCUUCGCUAUGCUAUCUUGCACUCUUGGUCCCGUAGUAUCCUAGCGCAUCCCAAAUAGACUGAGCUGUAAAUUACUAUGUCCUGAUAGGAGGUUGCCAUGUAACUUUAUACACGAAGUUAAUCAGCC